AUGUCGUCUCCUGCUUCUUCUCGAAAGCGUGGUCAAUCGUCCCGCAACUCGGUGUCAUCUACUCCUGCUCGACCGACAAGCACGCCCAAGAGAUCGCGACAGCACACCGGUUCAGCAAAUCCAACCCCUUCACCACUUUUCGUGCAAUCGUCGCCAUCAAAUGGCCAGCGACAGAAUGCCCGGGCUAUGUCAUCCAAUGUGAACGUUAGCUCUCCUGUCCGCUUUUCCUCUGAUGCUGGAGAUGGGGAGACUACUCCCAGAGCAAACAGAGCCGCUGUUGGAGAUUCGUCACCUAUUCGCUACGUUUCCAGCUCUAGUCCACCUCGAAAUGGCAACAAUAUUCGUUCGGACCUACCCAGCAGUAGCAGUGGCCUGUUUGUGCGCUCAGAUCAGACGACCGACUCUUCUGGGAUCCCUCGUAUAUCGUCACGCCGCGGUGACAUACAUUCUGAUGCAUUUGCAUCCACACCUGCUCGUCGCAGACGCAUCUUCGUCGGUGAAGAUGGCAUGCCUGUGGCCGACAGCGGUGAUCCACGAUCAGAAGCUACCUUCUCAAACCUCAACCCUGAUACAUCGGAAGCAGAUGCAUUGGGCGGAGAGUCUACUCGUGUGAUCUGGGGCACCAAUAUUUCUAUCCAGGACUCGAUGUCGUCGUUCAAGAACUUCUUGUGCAAUUACGCCAAAAAGUAUCGCAUGUGGACCGAUGGUGCCAGUGAAGCAGAAACCAAUGCUAUGGGCCCCGUGGCCGACGAAAAGGAGUAUAUUCGUAUGCUGAAUGAGAUGCGUCUACUUGGAGUCUGUGGGUUGAAUCUCGACGUCAAAAAUCUCCGGGCAUAUCCGCCCACCUUGAAAUUGUUCCACCAGCUACAAGCAUAUCCCCAGGAAAUCAUUCCCUUGAUGGAUCAGACAAUCAAGGAUGUCAUGCUUGAGCUGGCCGUCAAAGAGAAGCAGGAUAUGCGACGAGAAGUCGCUGCAGCAAGAGUUAGGAUCCCCAGAGCGAGGGAUGGGAGCUCUCUUGCACCUUUGCCCAGCUCAGAUCUGGGAUUACCAGCCGGAGCUCCAUCCGCUCCAAACACUGAUGGGCCGGACCCAGUCGAGGAUGUUGAGAUGAGAACUUACAAAGUCCUUCCCUUUGGUCUUGAUAAGUGUGUCAAUAUGCGAGACCUUGACCCGUCUGAUAUGGACAAGCUCAUUUCCGUCAAAGGUCUUGUCAUUCGGGCUACCGCCAUCAUUCCUGACAUGAAAGAAGCAUUCUUCCGCUGUGCCGUGUGCAACCAUACAGUCUUCGUCUCGAUUGAUCGUGGCAAAAUCGCCGAGCCCACAAUCUGUCCGCGAGAAGCCUGCAAAUCGAGAGAUAGCAUGCAAAUUCAGCACAAUCGCUGCGCUUUCGCCGACAAGCAGGUCAUCAAGCUGCAGGAGACUCCGGAUUCGGUCCCGGACGGGCAGACUCCUCACUCGGUCAGUUUAUGUGCUUAUGACGAAUUGGUGGAUGUCUGCAAAGCCGGUGAUCGGAUUGAGGUGACGGGUAUCUUCCGAUGCAAUCCAGUGCGAAUCAACCCACGACAGCGAACCAUCAAAUCCCUUUUCAAGACGUAUGUGGAUGUCCUGCACAUACAGAAAGUUGACAAGCGCAAGCUGGGCAUAGAUGUCAGUACAGUUGAGCAAGAGUUGUCGGAGCAAGUCGCUGGCGACGUGGAAGCAGCUCGUAAGGUCUCCGCCGAGGAAGAAGCAAAGAUCAAAGAAACCGCAGCGCGAGCGGACGUGUAUGAGCUGUUGGCUCGGUCACUUGCACCAUCAAUCUACGAGAUGGAUGAUGUCAAAAAAGGAAUCCUGCUGCAACUCUUUGGGGGGACGAACAAAUCAUUUGAGAAGGGUGGAAGUCCAAAGUAUCGAGGAGACAUCAAUGUGUUAUUAUGUGGUGAUCCGUCAACCUCGAAGUCUCAGCUGUUGCAGUACGUCCACAAAAUUGCUCCGAGAGGCGUUUACACGUCUGGCAAGGGCAGUUCCGCUGUCGGCUUAACAGCGUACGUGACGCGGGACCCUGAAUCUCGACAGCUUGUCCUGGAAUCGGGAGCGCUUGUUCUGUCCGAUGGUGGCGUCUGCUGCAUCGAUGAAUUUGACAAGAUGAACGAUUCUACCCGCAGCGUGUUACAUGAAGUGAUGGAGCAACAGACCGUGUCGAUCGCAAAGGCAGGCAUCAUCACCACUUUAAACGCCAGAACGAGUAUUCUCGCCUCAGCAAAUCCUAUUGGCUCGAAGUACAACGUCAAUCUUCCCGUACCGCAGAAUAUAGACCUCCCACCAACCCUUUUAUCGCGCUUUGACCUUGUCUAUCUCGUGCUGGACCGAAUCGACGAAGUCAAUGAUCGGAGGUUGGCGAAACAUCUGGUGAGUAUGUAUCUCGAAGACACGCCUGAGAAUGCGAGUAGUCAGGAGAUCAUGCCAAUUGAGUUCCUAACGUCUUACAUCUCCUAUGCGCGCAACAAUUGCCAUCCUACUCUCACACCCAACGCCUCGUCUGCAUUAGUCUCGGCCUACGUCUCGAUGCGCAAACUAGGAGAAGACAUUCGCUCUCAAGACCGCCGCAUCACCGCCACCACCCGCCAGCUCGAAUCCAUGAUCCGACUGUCAGAGGCACACGCGAAGAUGCGUCUGUCUCCCACGGUGGACGAGGAUGAUGUGCACGAAGCGGUGCGACUGAUCAAGAGCGCCAUCAAAGCGUCCGCGACCGACGCGCGGACAGGGUUGAUCGAUAUGGGGCUGUUGAGUGAGGGAGGAGGCAGCCUGGAGAGAAAGAGAAGAGACGAUCUGAAGAGGGCGGUGUUGGAGUGUCUGGACAGCGUGGACACGGUGAGCAGUGGAGGGAGCGUCAGAUAUCCAGACCUGUUCAGGAGGGUGGGCGAAGGGGCCAGUGUGGAAGUUGAAGGGCUGGAGUUCGGCGAGGCGAUUCGCGGUCUGGAACAGGAAGGUAAGGUGCAAGUGUUGGGAGAGGGGGCGCGGAGGAUGGUCAGGAGGGUUACUGGUGUGGUUUAG